AUGCGCGGCAUGGAUGGAGCAUUGACUUGUACUGAAGACAACCUUGGUAGUGGCAGGAUGGCUUCUGAAAGUGCAGGCCCGGGCGGCCCUGUAAUCCCUACUAGGGGUCGACAGCCCUCCACCGACAAGUCCUUUGUGUGUGAGCAUCCUGGUUGUACCAAGCGCUUUACACGCGCUGAGCAUUUACAGAGGCAUGCUCUGAAUCACCUACCUGGAGGUUCUGCAUGUCCCAAGUGUCGUGCUCACUUCAAGCGUCCAGAUCUGUUGAAGCGUCAUAUGGACCGUCACGUCCAGAAGGAUAUUGAAGCCGGCGGUCCUGGUUGCGGAGUUCUCGAUACUCGCAAGCGUUCAUGGAAAGCCCCUGACGGUUCCGUUGUCGAAAAGAGACCCUGCUUUCGUCCAGAAACACAACAAAUCCCAUCACCCGAGUCUGAGCCUCCAGAGUCAAGUGGAGAGCAACAAGAUCAACAGCAAUCAGCGAUAGAGUACUGGGGUCAGGACAGUGACCAUCACGGAGACAACCCAGAACACCCAGACUGGCCACAACCUGGGGAUCUUGGUUUGGAGGUACAGAAUUGUGAGCCUCUGGGUCUCCAAUCUGUGUCACAGCUCGACUAUAGUUUCCAGGCAUCCACACUGGCCGAGCAAGGUGACCACAACGGCCGGCUAAGCGAGUCUUGGGAUGAUGCUAUAGAUCCCAACCUUGACCCAAGCCUACUCUCUGGGGCUAUGCUCGAUGUUGCACAACUGGAUUACGACCAAAUCUUUCAGCCAGACACAGCCAGCUCGUUUAAUAUGCCGUACACUACGGCUUUAGACUACAACUGGCUAUUUGACAUGAAAGGAACCCAAACAUCGCUCAUUAACCUCCCCGACAAGCCAUCUCAACUCGAACAAGCACCCAGCUUCCAAGAAGCUCUUUUCACCAUAUCACCCGAGUCCAUGGAUAGCUCUCAGCUUUGGCCCGAACGACGAGACUCACAACCGGCUUCUGAAGACCUCAACAAUAUGCAGCAACUCCCCUUGCCGUCAACCAACCAGUCCACCCACUCGGCAUCCUCAGACCUUGUCCCAAGGACAGCCAAGAAACCUGUUAGGAGAGGAAGGAGGACUAGCACAGCGCUGGUCGGCCCUGUUGAUGGUGGAGACCAGUCAACUCCCAACGACAUCGACAGGCCAUUCUCUCUCUUGUCAAGGAGGCCCGUCCUACCGCAGAUUAACGAAACAGUUCGAAAGCGGCUCUUGCAGAUCAUCGAAGCAACCAACCCUUGCCUCCCAGAAUCCCACCAUCCUCUGUCGAAUGAACCACUUCUAUCAGUCAAAUCUCUCCAGAACUAUCUAGACCUUUACUUUACUCGAUUCAACACCGCAUACCCAUUGAUCCAUUUGCCUACUUUUGACGCCAAUACCGCGGAGCCUCUCUAUCUACUAUCAAUCCUAUUACUUGGGGCAACGUAUUCGAACAAGGACGCUCAUCAGUUGGCUGUCCGUAUUCACGAUGUCAUGCGACCAAGCAUCUUCGCUCAUGCGGGCUUCUCUCCUCGCCCGGAACUCUGGACCCUACAGACCAUUCUGUUGGUUGAGUGUUUUGGCAAGUCACGAGCGGGCCAGAAACAGCAUGAUAUGAGCCACUUGUUCCAUGGACUCCUCAUCAACCUCAUUCGACGAUCUGACUGCCAGUUUGUACGGCCAACCGGCCCUCCCUCCGAUGUUGUUGAUCAUGAUCAAACACUGCGAGACGCCUGGAGGCGAUGGUCGAUUGCUGAACAAAAGAAACGCCUUGCUUUGCUUUGCUUCAUGUGGGAUACCCAACACGCUGUGCUAUUCUGCCAGAGUCUUUGCAUGUCUGCAUUUGAACUCCGGGUUGAGCUACCUUGUAGCCAGCGAAUGUGGGAGGCUGGAGAUGCCAUGGCUUGGGCUGCCGCUUGGCGAUCCUCUCAGUCAAACCAAGGUCAAUUCUUCUUACCAGCCUUGAAGUCAUAUAUGACCCCUACUGUGCCACGGCCGCAGGGGCUGAGUGGCCUAUCCCGCGUACUCCUCUUCCACGGACUCAUGUCCAUCGCCUGGGAUAUGCAAAGGCGUGACCAAACAGCCCUUGGAGUUGUAUCAGGCGACAACCCAGGAGGACAUUGGCGAAAGAUCAUUGGAGGUGCUUACGAGACUUGGAAAUCCGACUUUGAUGCCUACACCUUGGCUGUUAUCGGUCGUUUGCCACGGUCUUCUGAGGACGAGUCACAACGCAGUGAGCACAUAGCGUUUGCAACUGCUUACAACACCCUCUAUCACUCGGCACAAGCACUGUUGAACAUGGAGUUCCUUGAUGUGCAGAUCUACGCAGGAGCUCGAAACAUCCUCGGGCGGCCAGUGCAACAGAAGGACUAUCGCCGAUCAGCCAGGAAUGUCAAGCAGUGGGCAUCUGCGGCGAAGCGAGAACCACCUCAGGAUUCAGGGCAGACGCAAGCCGCAAAGGAUGCACUAGUAAAGCAAAACCUUGAACAACCAACGACCUGGGGCAGGAAUUCAGCCAACACUGCCGCAUGGCACGCAGGACGCAUGUUGCGCGACGGCACAAAGAUCCUCACUGGCUCAGACGCCAUGAGUCUCUUCCACGUCCCUUGGUGUUUAUAUCUGGCCACCUUGACAUGCUGGGCGUUUCAUCACGCGGGCCCUCUUCGCGGACGGAGCAUCGCGCCUGGUGAUGAAAUGGCCGAUGAGAGCAGCGACGAGACCGACGAGAUGGUGUGGGAUCCUCGGGGUGAGAUGGAGGCACUCGUGACCAGCAUGGCAGAGAUGGGUCAGCGAGACAGUACAUCAGGGAUCAGUCAAAGAAGGCAGACAAACGGUCUAGUGUGGUCGAUGGCCGAGAUAUUGACAAAGGUGAGGUGGGAGAUCGUGCAGACUGGUGUCAAGGUGUUACGUGGAUUGGUACCUCAACGGUUGAUCAAUCAAUAUGAUGAUCCGCUUGGGGACGGCUUUUGA